AUCACCAUCCUCCCUCAAAGCUAGGUACUCCACGUUUUAGAGUCAGCCCUCGGGAAGCCCCAGCCAUGGCGCAACAGCAGCCACCAGCAACUGCCAGGACCGUCAACGGCUUACCUCCCCAAUGGCGCCGCUGGUUCGACUAUCGCCUCGCCUCACUCCGCGCGCAUUCCCUUCUCCGCCGCCUCCGCCCCAUUCACCUCAUCCCCGCGCCCAUCCCACUGAAUCCCCCCCGCACCUCGGCGGAAGAUUUUGCGCAGCGGGAGGAAUGGGUAUUUGGCGCGCGGAAUGAGGGGAAUGGGGGAAAACCGCGCGGGGGGGAGGUUCUGGGGCAGAUGUCUUCCUCCUCCGCGGGUGAAACGGAGGAAGCGGAAGAGGGUUCCGCCAGGGCGGCAUGGUGGGAUGUGGCUGCUGUGGAGGUGCUUAUAUCGGAAGAGGCGUUCCAGCGGUGGCUGGAGGAACCAGCGGGGGAAGAAGGGCAACUUCUCCCCUCGCCACUGUUCCCAAUACCCUCAAUACAAUCACAAUCACUAACACUAACCCCGUCCCCGCCACCACCAACAGCAGCACCUGCCGAAUCUCCGGAAACAUCCAACCUUGUAUCACCCGCGUUCUCCUCCCUCUCACCCCCCCCCUCCUCCUCCUCCUCUCAUCCUUCUCCUUCCCCCUCGCACUCGCUUCACCCGCCCUCCGCCUCCAAUCCCCCCGCGUCCCGCCGUCUUGUGCUCUUCUCCGCCAACGACUACCUCGGUCUCGCCUCCCACCCCCGCGUCCGCGCUGCUGCCGCCAAGGCGGCGUGGGAGCAGGGCAUGGGUCCGCGGGCCUCAGCGCUAGUGACGGGGCACACGGCUGGGCACCAAGGGCUGGAGGGGGAUAUUGCGCGGCUCAAGGGCACACAGGCGUGCCUGCUCUGUCCGACAGGCUUUGCUGCCAACCUCGCAGUUCUCGCCUCUCUAGCCCCAGUGGCACGCUCCAGGAGCAGUAACAGUCCUGUGGCUGGGAGAAACCAAAGCAGCAGCAGCAGCAGCGGUGGCGACGGUGGUGAUAGCACAGACAGCACUGGGGGAAUCAGGAGUAUGGGAAGCACUAGCAACACUGUUGGUAGUGGUAGCAGUGGUAGCAGUGGUAGCAGGAGCAUGAGCCAUGUGUGGGGACAAAAGGCGGUGGUAGAGAGCAGUGCAGAGGAGAAUGUGGAGAGAGCUGGUGGUUCAGAAGACUCCUUGGCGGUGUUUUCAGAUGAGCUCAACCAUGCGUCCAUCAUUGACGCCCUGAGGCUGCUUGUGCGCGAAGGGAGCGGUGCAGUGGAGGGGCGUGCUGCUGCUGGUGCUGCUGCUGCUGUGGUGCUGCAUGUGUAUCGGCACAA